AUGACCGCGAGGAUGCCCCAGGAACCGCCGCCUGUCCUAACAUAUGACGCACACCGCGGCACGUACGAUGCACCCCCGACCUGGACACCUCCGCAGGGCCCGUCCCGCUCCUCAUCCGCAUAUGGCGCGCGCUCGCCGUCCGAGAAGUCCAGCCCAAACUCUGCACCAUCCCCUUCUCCCUCAGCGGUGGACGCGCCAUCGUCAUUCUCGCGUCCCGCCCCGAGCACGAUCGCGUACGCGCCCUUCCGCAUCACCGCACACGAGGGCUUCAGCGUGAACCUUGGCCACGGAUUUCCCGUGCUGCCCCCGCCCGACUCGCCGUUUGCGGACCACGAUGUUGUGCAGAACGACUGGGCGCGCUUCCUCACUGACAUCAAGCGCGCGGGCUCGCUCGACGGCGUCCCAGUUCACAUGAGGAACGGCCCCGUCGGCGAACUGCUGGAUCAAUGGAACCGCUAUUUCUUCCACCCGCGUCGCAUGCACGUCGUACUCGCGCUGGGGAACACCGCGUACACCGGGCGGGACCCAGUUCCAGCGGACACUGUCGAACGACAACAUCUACAACAACGCCAAUCGCAAUCAAGCUUCGGCGGACGGGGACAGCAGUCAGCGUACGACGACGACUCGAGCGACUCCGACGGCGGCGGGCGGUUUGGCGGAGGGCGCCCGCGCCUGCUUGGCGGGAUCGUCGGCGGGAUCUUGGGCGGCGGCCGUGACCGCCGGGACGCGCGCAGGCGACGCAGGAGGGAGCGCGGCGGGCUUAUCUCCGGCCUAGUGGGUUUAGGUGCGAGUGCGAUCACGGGAGCCGUGCAGAAUGCUACCGCGAGCAGGGGUGGGGGUGUGAGCGCGAGCGCGAGCGGUCAGGCAAUUCCUGGGACGGAGGAUAAGUGGAGGAUCGUUAUUUCGUACCGGCCGUGA